AUGAUCCUGUUUACAAUCCCUCUCUGGAGCCUCCUCUGGGCUGUGAGUGGGGCCCACACGCUCACCAAGAGUGAAUGCUCUAUUCCUGCAGAAAAACAAGCCUUGGUGGAUGAUCUCCAAGAUGUCAUGGAGAGCUCUGUGACUCCAUCCUCCUUUCCCAAUCCCAGCAUCCUGAUUGCCAUGAACCUGGUUGGGGCCCACAGUGCAGAGGCCCAGAAGCUCCUCACUGAAAUCAUCUUGUCCACUGACCUAAGAGAUCUUACUAUUGGCCAGCUGGCCCUCAACAUCAUGGCUCUCACCUCAUCCUGCCAAGAUCCUGGAAACAGACUCUCGAUUCUGAAAAAGCAAAUGGAGAAUUGGGCAUCUUCAAGCCCACAAGAUCCAUAUUCAGUCUUCUAUGGACCCAGCCUGGGACUCUUGGCUCUGUGCCAGAAGAACCAAGCGGGCACCUUGGAACUAGCCAUCAAAUUUUCCAAGAUGUUGCUAGCCAAUACCUCACGCUUCAACAUGGAUACUGGAGCUAUGGCAACCUUGGCCCUGACUUGCGUUAGCAAUAUGAUCCCUGGAGAUCUGAACAAUGACUACAAUCAGUUAUUUGGUCAAGUGUUAACAAGCGUUGUGGAGAAUAUCAGCAGCAGAAUUGAAGACAAUGGCCUCAUCGGGGGAUCUUACAGCACAGGCUUAGCCAUGCAGGCCCUUUCUGUGCAACCUGGAGAGAACUGGAACUGCAAGAAGACUAUGGAAACAGUACUCAAUGAGAUUGAGCAGAACAGAUUUGCUAACCCCAUGUCCAUCGCCCAGAUCCUUCCUUCCUUGAAGGGCAAAACUUAUUUAGAUGUGCCCCAUGUUAUUUGUUCUACUGGCCAGGAGGUGAGGCAAACUCUACAGAGACUCCCCAGUCCCCUCUCGACCUCAGCUUCUAAUAUCACCGUGACUUACACCAUCAACAACCAGCUGAGGGGGGUGGAACUGAGCUUCAAUGAAACGGAGAUUGUCAGUGUGAAAAAAGGAUCAGUCCUUCUCGUUGUUCUAGAAGAAGCCCAGCGCAAAAACCCAAAGUUCAAAUUUGAAUACAAAAUGACGUCUUGGGGUCUUUAUAUCACCUCCAUCAACAACAUUAACGAAGUUGAAAACCACAGGACCUACUGGCAAUUCCUGAGCGGCAUAACUCUUUUGGACCAGGGGGUCAGCUACUACAUCCCCCAUGACAAUGAACACAUCACAGCCAACUUUACACAGUACUAAGAUGACAUCCACACUCAACUUUUUAUCAGCUUUUCAUUGGGAAGAAAUGGGACAGAUUAAUGUCAAAAAUGUCUAGGUCAU